AUGCCUCCAGACCAGGCUUCUGCCAAUGCGUCAAUCGAUACAACCGUCAAGAAAAAUGAACGAGCUCCCGGCUUCAAGGGUUACUUGCGCGUCUUCACAUACGCAACAUCAUGGGAUAUCCUGGCUCUUGCUACCGGUAUCCUGGCUGCAAUGGGAUCCGGAGUCACCCAACCGUCGAUGUUUAUCCUGUUUGGAAACUUCGUCAAGGAAUUCAAUGGUGUUCAGACUGGGGCGGACUCCAACACCACUACGGAAACCCUCGAUCGUCUAUGCCUCUUCGUCUUCGCCCUCUUCAUCGCCCGCUUCGGCCUCGCCUCAAUCCACAAAUUCGCCUUCCGCAUGACCGGCAUCCGCCUCUCCGCCGCAAUCCGCCUGCACUACCUCACGCACCUCCUCAACCAGAGCAUGCACAUGCUGGACUCCCUACCGCCAGGCCACGCCGUCGGCACAAUCACAAGCAGCAGCAACACGCUCCGGCUCGGUAUCUCCGAAAACCUGGCCAUCUUCAUCGAAUACAGCACGCUCAUCAUCGGCUCUUUUGUCGUCGCGUUCGUGUGGAGCUGGGAGCUGUCGCUCGUCACGCUGGCAGGCUUUGUGGCCGUCGUUUUAGUCACGGGGAGUUUAUUCCCGCUUACUGUGCAGGGCCAGGCGAGACAGGUGGAGGUGGAGAAGCAGGCGGCGGGUAUCGCCAGUGAGUGUUUUGCGGGGAUCAAGAUGAUUAUGGCGUUUGGGGCGCAGAGGCAGAGUGUUGAGAGAUAUGGGGCUUUGGUUGAACGGGCGAAGCAGCUGGCGCAGUCUACCAACUUCCUCACGUCGUUUCAGUUCGCUUUGACGUUCUUCGGUGUCUUCGGCACCAUCGCGCUGGCCUUCUGGUACGGAGCGCUUAUCUUGACGAAAGACAGACUAGACAAUAUCGGCGUCAUUGCCGUUGUUGUGCUAAGCUUAGCAACAAUCUUCUUCUCCCUCGACCGCGUCUCAUCGCCUCUACAAGCAAUGGGGAAAGCCUCGAUCGCGGCCUGCGAGUUCUUCUCCCUGAUUGAUGCCCCAGCCCCGGAAAUAGGGACCCUCAGGGCCCCCGACGUUUCCGCAAAAGAAGACAUCGUCUUUGAGAACGUCACGUUUGCGUAUCCCAGCCGAGCGGACGUCAAGGUCCUCGACCAGCUCGAAUUGCGCAUUGAGGCGGGCAAGACGACUGCUAUUGUUGGGCCCUCGGGGUCGGGGAAAAGUACCAUCGUCGGCUUGAUUGAGCGGUGGUAUACAUUGAGCCCGCAGCAUGUCAUAGAAAGACAGCAAGUGAAAGAAGACGCUGCUGUUGAGAAGCUUGGGGUUGACGAGGCCAGUGUGGAAGGAGCGGGAGAUCGCGUUGAACUCCAGGGGACCAUCAGGACGUGCGGGCAUUCGCUGGACGAGAUCGACGUGAAGUGGUGGCGAUCACGCAUUGGACUGGUACAGCAAGAGCCGUUUCUGUUCAACGACACCAUCUAUGGGAAUAUUGCCCGGGGCUUGAUUGGCACGCCCUGGGAUGGAGAGUCUGAUGAGCGAAAGAGGGACCGUGUCGUGGAAGCGUGCCGGGAAGCCUUCGCCGAUGAGUUCAUUGACAAACUCCCACAGGGCUACGACACGUGCGUUGGAGACGGGGGCGCCAGGCUCUCAGGGGGCCAACGCCAACGCCUCGCAAUCGCUCGAUCAAUCAUCAAAAAGCCCGAUAUCCUCAUACUGGACGAAGCCACCAGCGCCAUUGACGUCCGCGGCGAACGAAUCGUCCAGGCUGCUCUUGAGAAAGCCGCGGAGAAUCGAACGACCAUCGUCAUUGCGCAUCGGCUCUCCACCAUCAAAAAUGCGGAUCGGAUUGUUGUGCUGCAGAAGGGAAAGGUCGUCGAAUCGGGCAGCCACAGGAGCCUCAUCUCCAUCAAGGGAGGUAUCUAUUCCGGUCUCGUCCACGCGCAAGACCUUUCUGUCGGGCUAUCAAACCGGGGACCCGAGUUGGAAAAUCCAUUCGAGAACGAAGGCUCCGAUGCCCUCCACGCCGAACAUACCAAAGAAACAACCAAGAGCACCAAAGAACCCUCUUCUCGCUGCGCUCGAAGACCAGCCCCCAGCGUCCUCGGAAGCUCCCUCCAUCUCUUCCUUGAAUCAAAACCCCACUGGCCCAUCAUGCUCCUCAGCCUCCUUCUCUCCGCAGCAGCAGGAACCGCCCAGCCCAUGCACGCCUGGAUGUACGCGCGCUCAAUCAGUCUGUUCAAAUGGCAAGACAACCACCCCAAACUCAUGAAGGAGAUCGACUUCAUCGGGAUCAUGUGGACCGUCUUCGCGGCCUCCGCGGGCCUCGCCUACUUCGCCACAUUCCUGUCCUCCUGCCGCGUCGCAUCCUUCAUCCGCGCAAGGUACCAGGUGCAGUACUUUUCCUUGCUGGUCCACCAGACAGCCGCGUAUUUUGAUGAAGAUGGCCACUCGCACGGGACGCUGGUUGCGCGCGUGCGAGAUAACCCGCGGAAACUUGAGGAGAUGAUGGGCAUGAACCUGGCGCAGGUGUGUAUCUCUGUGUUCAGCAUCGUUGGCGGCGUGAUCAUGGCGCUCGUGUAUAGCUGGAAGCUGGCGCUGGUGUCGCUGUGCGUCGUCGCGCCGAUCAGUGUGCUAUCUGGCUACAUCCGAUUCCGGUACGAGGUGCAGUUCGAGGAGAUGAACGAUGCGGUCUUCGAGGAGAGUUCGCAGUUUGCGGCCGAGGCAAUAGGCGCAUUCCGCACCGUCACGGCUCUGACUCUUGAGGACGCCAUCUAUGCUCGCUUUGAGAGGCUGUGUGCUGGACAUGUGCGUGCUGCAUGCAGGAAGGCUCGCUGGGUGAGUCUUGUCCUUGGGUUCUCGGAAAGCACGAAUCUAGGCUGCCAGGCGCUGAUCUUUUACUACGGCGGCUGGCUCCUCACGCGAGGCGAGAUUGAUAAUAUGGCGUUUUUUGUGUGUUUGAUGGCGAUUAUGAAUGCCGCUGAGGGGUUCGGCAAGAGUCUUAGUUUUGGGCCCAAUGCGGCGCAGGCGGCGAUUGCGUCGGAUCGGGUUCUUGGGGCAAGGGAGUCCAGCUUGAAGGUGAAAGAUGCAUGCGAGGAAGAAGGUAUGCAUAUGCAGGACGGGGGUGUUGAGAUCGAGCUGCGUGGCGUCCGCUUGAGAUAUCCCGCUCGCGACAUCCCAGUCCUAAACGGUCUGAACAUGACGAUCGCGAAAGGCCAGUUCGCCGCUCUGGUCGGCGCAUCAGGAUGCGGAAAGACGAGCAUCAUCUCCCUGCUUGAGCGAUUCUACGACCCAGACGAGGGCCAAAUCCUCUUCAACGGGAAAGACAUCUCGCAAGUCAACAUCUACGCCCAUCGCAAACGCCUGUCUCUCGUGGCGCAAGAGCCGACCCUCUUCCAAGGCUCCGUCCAGGAUAACAUCCUCCUAGGAAUAGACCCCGCCACCGUAAACGACGAGGCCCUCCACGCCGCGUGCCGCGACGCCCUAAUCCACGACUUCAUCGCCUCUCUCCCAGAAAGCUACGACACGGACAUCGGAUCCCGGGGCAUUGCUCUCUCCGGCGGGCAAAAGCAGCGUAUCGCCAUUGCGCGCGCUCUGGUUCGCGAUCCGCUGCUCCUCCUCCUCGACGAGGCGACCAGCUCGCUGGACUCGGAGAGCGAGAGGUUAGUGCAAGCGGCGCUGGAGCGGGCGGCGAAAGGGCGCACGAUGAUUGCGGUUGCGCAUCGGCUGGCGACGGUGAAGAAUGCGGAUGUCAUCUUUGUCCUUGGGGAUGGGGGCGUGUUGUUGGAGCGGGGGAGUCAUGGGGAGCUUCUUGGGAAGUGGGGUGUUUAUUAUCAGAUGUGUCAGAAUCAGGCUCUCGAUUGA